AUGCCUUUGUACAUCGCCAGUUUCUUUUUAUGGCAUUAUAUGGCUUCGAUAUUGUUUGCAAUUGUUGCGAUUACAAUUGAAAGAGUAUGUGCGACGCUUUUUAUGGAAGACUACGAAUCACGAUCCCGUCGUUACAUUCCAAUCUUUCUUAUCAUUAUCACCAAUGCUAUCACAAUUCCCUACUCCUAUUUCGUCCUUCAUAAUCGAUUAUCUCUUCUUUUAUCUUAUAGUCAAGGUGUUGCAAACGGAACUUUUGUAUUUGUUGGAUAUUUUGCUCUGUGGAGAAUAAAUUUAUAUUGGAGACGAAAGAUGAGCAGUACGAAACCCGGCGAUCAUGAUAAAUAUUCAUUGGGCAGGAAAUUUCAAAUCGAGGAGAAUAUUCGAAGUUUACAGCUUGCAAAAAAGUUAGUUAUCGCUUCACUGACCUACAUUUUGUUCACUCUGGUAAUUUUGGUCUUUUCCACGUUGCAAAUUGUACCUCAAUUGAAUUUAAUCUAUGUCCAUUAUAUGGAUAAUUGUAUUCUACUAGCCGCUUUUGUGAUGAGUAUCACUCUUCUUUUCUGCUCAAGAUCCUGGCGAAGAAAGUUCAAAAAUGACCUUCCAUUCGUUCAUAAUUUUCUGAAUACCAGAGUUUCUCAAUCGAAUCUUUUAAUAUUAUUGUCUAACAAAGACUCUGAAACUUAUUUUGAACAAUUAAAACAUGCUUGGGCUUGA